AUGGAGGGACUCAAACAGCGAAAGACCGCGGCUCAGUCGGACGAGAAGACGAAUGGCGAUGUAAACAAGACUGCCGACGAGCAUCCUGUGGGCGAGGUCAAACAUGGCAUCGCAAUGCAGUUGCUGCGCAUCGUCUUGUUCACCAUCUACUUCUUCGGCUCUUGUAUCUUCAUACACGGCGCACAACUCCUCUCUAUCCCCCUCUACUGGAUCAACAAGGACUGGUUCUACGCUGCCCGUGCUCUGACCAAACAGUUCUUUGGCCUUCUCAUCACAACCAUGACACAGUGGUGGAGCCCGACCACCGUCCGGGUCAGCGGAGACAAGAGCGUUGCAGAACUAUUGAAACAGGAUGAGAAUGGACUGGUUUCGGUAGACUUUGGCGACCGGGCUGUCUUGAUGGCAAAUCACCAGCUAUACACAGACUGGCUGUACAUGUGGUGGGCCGCAUACACCAAUGUGCAGCCCAUGCAUGGCCAUAUCUAUAUCAUUCUCAAGGCGACGUUGAAAUGGACGCCGUUGAUCGGCCCUGCGAUGCAGCUCUACGGUUUCGUCUUCAUGGCUCGGAACUGGGCGGCAGAUCAGUCACGCAUGCGCGAAAGAUUGGAGAAGCUCAAGACCAGAAGCUCUGGACCUAUGUCUGGUCAGAACGGCAAGCGUCAACUAGAUCCCAUGUGGCUGCUCAUCUAUCCAGAGGGCACCAACUUGUCACGAAACACGCGGGAGGAGUCUGCGGAGUUUUCAGCCAAGUCGGGCAAGGCAGACUACAAGCACCAAAUCAUCCCGCGCACGAAAGGUUUGCAGCUCUGCCUCCAAGAGCUUCGUGACUCGGUCGAAUACGUAUACGACUGUACUAUCGGAUACGAGCCGAUCCCUCCAGGUGGCUUUGGAUCCGAGAUAUACACCCUCCGAUCGGUCUACUUCCAGGGUCGACCGCCUCACAGUGUCAACAUGCACUGGCGGCGAUUCAAAGUCAAGGACCUUCCCAUCGACGACCACGACCAAUUUGCAGAAUGGAUGUUCCAGCAAUGGCGCAUCAAGGACGAUCUUCUCGACGCCUUUUACAAGACUGGCAAGUUCCCGGCGGACAAGAGCGCAGUGCAGAUCGAGGGCGGACCAACCGACAGCUUCAAGACGCCUUACAUCAACACUGAUGUCCGGCCGAGGAAUCCCGUCGAGUUCUUGCAGAUGUUUGUGCCUGUGACCGCUGCCGCCCUGGUUGGAAGGAGCUUGGUGCAAUUGGUGGAUCGUAUCUUUCCACCUAGCAAGUGA